AUGGCGUAUGGACUCCGGAAGAUCACCGGAACCACCUACUGGCCAUAUGGCACUGGACGGGACUGGUUCUUCGUUGGAGACCUGGACUACAUGCAUGGUCGGCGAACGCCCAAGGUGGACGUCCGGGAACGAUUUGAGAAGCUGACGCCUCCUUUGAGGAAGAAGCGGGGCCACCCACAGGACAUGGUCUUCAGCCAGGCGACCAUCCGCAGCAUGUCCAGCACAGUUGGCGUGGCCUCGGUGCCAGGUGUUUUUGGGGGCAAAUCGCAGCACCCCCGCCUGUCCAUACGCACCUUGGAGCGCUGGAGGAGCCUGAACGACGCCUCCUUUGGAGACAUGAAUAGAGGCGGAGAGCUGGAGCGCUGGAGGCAGCAGGAGUCGGCGGCCCGGCCAGCUGACCAUUCUAUUCGUUCCAGCUGCUCCGCUUCCCUCCAUGCUUCGAACAAGUUUUCGGACAUGGCGACGCCUGUGGCCUUGCAGUCGACCUCGUCGGACUUUGGCUCUGGGCAGCGCUUUAACGCAGCUCCUGCAAAGUUGGGAGACAAGUACCGGAGCUUUUCAAUGCCCAUCCGCGACCCACGAAGGUUUGACUUCAUAGCUGAGCGCUUUCAUUCUGAAGCGCUCUGA